AUGGGAUCAAGAAAAACAAAUGCUAGAGAAAGACAGUUACAAGAGAUAUUAGCUAGUCAACCACUCCACUCAUUAAUUUCAAACGUCGAAACACAUCCAACAAUUGGUACGUUAAGUGGCCAUAAACCACUAACCUUCGAUAUCCCAAUUGGAACUGAACCAAAAUCAGCAUCACCAAAAUUAUCCCUAAAUUUCAAGGCAGCAAAUUGGCAGAAAUUUAGAACUAAAUUAAAUAAACAGCUUAUGAUAUGGAACAAAAAUCGUCGUAUAAAUGCUGCAGCAGAUACAGAAGAAUAUUCGUCGUUUAUUACCAACAGCAUUACUGGUGCAAUACAAGAAGCCAUACCAACAUCAAAACAACUGAAUACUAAUAUUAAACUAACAAUUGAUCAAUUCUGGUCAAAUAUUGCUCGAACAUUUCGAUCAUCAAUUAAACGUAGUGCUCUUGAAGGUGCGUGA